CAAAGGUCGCAGCUCGAGCUGCAGGCAGGGACGCAGCCUUAGCCGGAACUUCUACCCGAGGAGCCAGAUGGAAUUAAUUGCGAAGAGCAAGAAACGAGACAUUUUUGACCGACCAGCCACGUCUGGACCGCAACUUCUACCCGAAUCUUCAUGCGGAGUGCUCAAACGAGGGAAAGAACUUUUUCGGGGAAUUUCACAGGAGAGCAGGACCUCAACCCGACACCAAAGCCAGCAUCGUGGACGUUCCCAGCCGGCGAAAAAGACAAGUAGUACCCAGCCGGCGAAAAAGACGGUGAGGUUUGCCGCGUGGGACGAAGAUCGAUAUCGCCGUGCGGCGCCCGAUGGAGGGCUUGGGGAACUGCACAAUUUUCUUGGAACUACAGCAAAGAAGGCAGCGAAGAUGAGGGAAGUAGCACACUCAACAACCACACGACCUGAUGUAUUCGUGUCUUCUUCCGGUUCGGCGGAGGCGGGCGGGGUUGCGAAAUCAUCAACAAAAGCGUUCGCAAAUCACGAAGAUCAAGACUUCUGCACUCACGCCGAUGGAGGUGCACGUGGACGUGCCUCAGACGGGCACAACCAUGAUGACGAAACGGACGAAGAUAGUGAGGAACAAGGUGACGCGCAUUUCAUCCCCCCUCCGAACUGCAUGAAGCUGAUGAGGAUUCUCUACCAACGGGGGCCGACGAAGGCCUACGGGUCGACAUUCCACGAGGAUCGUCACGAAACCUACUUGUCCAUCAUGAAGGAGAACAGGGAGUUGUUCUCGCAGCAGCCAAAAACGAAGAUGGAAAAUACUUUUUGCGCAGACGCCGAACCUUCGCGCAAGACGAAUACCGAGAUAAAUGCUACAGGUAUUUUUACGCCGCACACAGGACCUCCGACCCUGUGGUGCUUGACGGCCAAUGCAGUGAGAUUUUUGAGGAAGCAACAGGCGCUUCUGACAGCGGUGGAGCGGGAGAACAAGGAAAAAAAAUCGUGGACGACAGUUGUGAAAAUGGGCAUGAUGCAGAAGAAGGUUGACAGCAAGGCAGCACCGCCAGCGCAUCCGCAUUUUGACAGUGAAAUAAACAAAGCUGCUGCAGCUGCUCCCUCAGCGUCAGCUUUGACGUCAUCGCCGGCGACAUUGGGCUGCUUGUCGUCCAAGUCGUCUCUAGUUUCGCCGAACUCAUCUUCUGCAAAAAGUUCUUUUUGGGACACGAAAGAAGGCCGAGGCGUUUUUUGCCGGUGCUUGCGGGAAUUUUGCGUCGCGCGACGAGCGAAUAGAAUUUCCGCAGACCACACGGGGCGCAGCAGUAGUAGAAAACAGGGGAGUAGUGAUUCGUUCGGAGAAUUCAAUGAUUACUCUGCGAAGCAAGAAGUCGGCGUCUCUCUGUCGCAAUUUUGCGACUCCCUCGAGUUCCGGGCUUUGACGGACAAAUAUGGUGCUCUUUCACCUGCCUCGGUGGCAGCUUGUGCGUCGCACUUUCCCGACGCUUUCCGGGUAGUCGACGGAAAGAACGGAGUCGAGCAGAUUUUCUUGGCCGAAGGUUGUGCUCGUCCAGGCCGAAGAUCGCCGGCGACGGCAACAACGCUUGCGGAUUGGCCCGGCACCGACGCCUUGAAAGCGGCAGUUCGCACUUUUUUGUUGCAGAAGCCCGGCAACAAACUGGCAACGGUGAAUAGCCUCGGGAACUCCCGCGAGGUGCAAGACUCGGUUGUGAGAAAAUUCGGCCCGCCUCCUGGUGGUCUUCUGCAGGCGCUGCAGACUUUGGCCGAGGAACAAAUUCAUGGUAGCAGCCCCUUCACGGUCUUCCGAGAGAUGGGUGGAAAAAACAGGUAUUUUGUGGAGCUGAAACAACAACGGCAAAACAAGAGGGAAAAAAGCAUGAUCCGACCGAAGGCCGGAAGAUCAUGUUCGAAGAUCGGCAACGAAACCUCGUCCCAGCAGGACGGCGGACCGAAGGUUAUCAGGUAUUUCAACCCGGCGGUGUUGCAAAAGUACUACGCUGUGAUCGAGGAGAUCAUUAUUGAGCGAUGUAGUUUAUUCCCGCCUGCAGGCCGCGUCGAGAUGAAAAAUGGCCGCGUCGGCACAACUCCUUGUUCCGCUACCAGUCGUGACAUCGUCAGCGAUAGCAGAUACGUGCAGUUGCAAAAGCUCCAUCAGCCCUACUGCGUCACGCUGCGGGCGAUCUUGCGAAGCUGCCCGGACCAGCGGUUUUUGUUUCCACGGGCCGGGUCAGCUUCUCCGAACGAGCAGGGGAAGAUGUUGUUCCCAGGUAAUACCGCAGCGAGCGGAAAGCCGCUCGAUGUGUACGAUGUUGGGUUGAAUCCAAACUACAAAAAUCAUGCGCGGACGCAAACACCACGAGGACGAAAAAUUUUGUCUGGGGCUGCCCCAGAAACACGCCACGGUCGUGGUUUCGAACUCUCCAAAAGCAACGUGGUCAGCACACCAAGGUCGUCGCUGAAUAGCUGCUUGUCUUCAUCUUUCCCGCAUCAGAAUGCGCGAACCGAACAUGACACGACGACCUCCUCUUCCGCAAGAGCGGGCAAUUCUUCUGACCCAGCAGUUGACACUGGGCCAAAGAUCUUGGGUAAAAUGAGCACUGUAGUGUUGAACCGUCAUUGGGACACGAUUGAGCAAAUCAUUCGGGAAGUUGGAGAAAGUCGUUGUACCACGAGAACGGCGCACAGAAAUGUCACUACUUCUUCCUGUGGCCGAGAACUUAUACGAAGACCAGAAUUCUUUCGCGUCAAAUGCGAAGUAAUCGCGAGUGACGUCCGUUACCGGCAACUAAAGGAUCUCUCCUACAUUUCAGUGACUCUGCGCGGAAUUUUACGCCGGUGUCCGCCCGGAAGAUUUCAAAUCAUUGACCGGCAUCAGGAACAGCAAAGUCAAAGUGGCGACGCCUCUAGUGUAAAUUCAACGUCAAGAUUUCCAUCGAAGCAUGAUCUCAGUGCCGGGUCCUACGAUGUGGCUCUGCAUCCGGAGUACCUUGUGCAAGGACAAGGAAGCAGGAAAGGCAAAUAGAAAUAGAAAUACCUCGAACCGUAAACGUCAAGAGCUUUUUGCAAGCGCAGAAGGAAAACUUUUCAUGUCUGAUGAUGUACAACACAGACAUGUAAAUUGGAUUCGCAUAUAUUUUGCUGCCUUUUUUGAUAAGCUAGCGGCUGGUUAGUACAUAGGAAAAUUAUUUUCAGUAAGCGAAAAUUGUAUAUUGACACACCCAUUCAUGCAGGAUUGAAAACAACGCGUGUAGACGUCGUGCUGAGAGGAGAAUGAAGACCGCUGUUGCCACCUCUUUUCGGCAGCCUCAUUCGCAUAUGAUUUUUCACGAGCUCUCACGACUACCUGUCAGCUUUUCAUGCACCUGCUGUAUUUUUCC